AUGGUUAACAAAAAUGGUGGGGUUUACCUAGCUGCAUGCAACCAUCAAGCAUGCCACAGUCACCAGAAGGCCUUUGCUAAGGGUAGCCUUGCGAAGGCAUCGCUGUUGAAGAAGGGUGUUUGCAGGAUGCCCUGGAAGGUUGUAAGGGGCGGCCGUGGUGAAUUGAAGCUCUCCAACACAGAAGCGAAAGGCUCUGUCGAUGUUACGGCAGUACGUGUUGACAGAAGGAAGAACAUCGCUAGGAAUCCGAAACGUUUCGAUCGCCAAGCUCAGCAUCAGCUUGCAGAGCAAGCGCCAAGUUUGCCGGAGAGCAGCAACGAGAAGAUAAUGCCGGUCUGCUGCUUUUCUGGUGCAGCACGCUCCGGUGAACUGGGCAGUGCAUUCUCCUCGUUCGCGAGAGUCGCUUAUGGGGAGCACUGCGCUGUGGAUACAAUGGAUGCAUUUGGUCGUUUCGGCUUCACGACCCUGGCCCAGUGCCUGUUUGCUGCUAUGCCCAACUCUAAGGUACUGAAAGGGUUGAUCCCGGUUCACACUAUCGGGAGGAUAUGCUGGCCGCUGAUCCUGGGUGGUUGGAGCUUGGGGGCUUUGCCUGCAAGGCAAGUUGCGCACUGCUUGGAGAUGAUGGAAUUCCGAGUCCACGCACUGUUUGCAUUGGACGAGCGCACCUGCCGAGUGGCUGAGCCCAUUCAGCGUUUAGCAGCGCGACGUGCUCUGGCAGGCGAAGCAUGGGGUCGCUUCCGCAGUGCUGCCAUCAGUGUCCACUUCACCUGUCCGCGUUUCCGAGAAGUUUGCAUGGAAGGUCAGGACUUUACGCGGCGCGCUGCAAAUGAUGGUAGCGUCAGCUCUACAGCAGCCCUGCACAGUGCUCGCUCGUACUUCGCCAUCUUCCGCGACGCGCGCCAUUUUGACAUCGGCGUGAGUCAUGUGAGGAACUAA